CAAUUUUCAGAUAAAUGGUUAAAUAAUGAAACUAGUGCUGCUGCUGGUUUUCUGGUUUACAACUGCAGUUUCUAUAAAUGUGGAUAAAUGUUGUCCCCUUAACAGUGUUUUCGAUGUAAGCACAAACAAGUGUUUUGCUUUCAACUCAAGCAUCACGAUCAGUGAAACCAGUUUGUUGUUUAAUAAACACAAACCAAAAAUAUUCUCAUUAGAGUCAGAGGAUUUUAUUGAAGAGGGGAUAUCAGCAACAGAUUAUAGGUUACCCUCCUGUCCUGCUGGAGAAAAAUAUACAAUUAUUCAAAAUAUUGAAGACGAAGAAAACUUUGUUUUGAUAAAAGAAGACGGUUCACUGUUUAAAACUGAGGAUGGUUCUACAGAGGCUAUGUUUUGCAUCGAUUCUAUAAUUCGUCAGAAUACAGUUGUCGGACAUCUUGCUGUUUUAUGCGGAAUAAGCGAGGAAAAAGUAUGUUCCGGUUUAUUCUGCAUCAACAACUGCUGUCCUGAGGGAACUGUUUACAAAACAAAUCUAGGUGAGUGUCAACCUACUUCUGAGUUCAAGUUUCCCCAGCUACUCAAGGAGACAGUCAAGUCGGUCAACCCAACGCUUCCAGGGGAAGGUUGGGAGGACAGCCUCAAGAUAUACUAUCGUGAACCUAAUUGCUCUCAUCUUCAUAUCUACUCAGAAGAUGAGUUUGAGGUUGAGGCGGAAGGUUGGUUACGCGCCGGUCAAACUAUACUUCCUUAUACACAGUUCUGUUUAAACCCAGUGCAGCAAUAUAACUCUACAGUUCUUCAAGCAAAGGUUUGUUCUGGAAUUGAUGAGAAUGAUCUCCUGAUCUACUCCGUCCUAUCUCAGCAGAUUAUUCCAGUUCUCAUCAUUCUCUCAGAGAUAUUUCUCUUCCUCACCUUUUCUCUUCACGUUCUAGUUCCAGAGUUCAGAAAACAGAUAUUUGGAUGGAUGAAAAUGUGUACUGUUGCUAGCCUAUUCCUCUCCUAUCAAUGGUUCCUAAUUAUCCUAUUUGGAGGAGAUCUCCUGAUACAAGAAUAUCCAGCCCUAUGCCAGCUGAUGGGGUUCUUGAUACAGUUUUGUUUCCUCUGCUCCUUCACCUGGAUGACAACAAUGUCAAUUGAGGUCUGGUUGACCUUUAGAAAGUUGACCGCUAACAGUGAAACUGAUGCUAGACAAAGAAGUCAGAGAAGAAGAUUUAAACAAUAUAAUCUUUUCUCAUUUGGAACUCCGCUACUAGUUACUGUGUGCACCAUAGCAGUGCACUUUACACCUGACCAUCUUAAGGAAAAUAUUAUUUCCCCGGGAUUUGGUGAGGGGAGCUGUUUUAUUGAGGGAUAUUUGGCUAAAAUUCUGUAUUUUCACGGAUUAAUUGCUCUCCUACUGGCAGUAAACCUGGUUCUGUUUAUUAUCUCCGCGUACUCGCUUCUGCUCGGAGUCUGGGCUCCUGCUAGAGAUGAACAAGGAUCCAGGCGGAUAAACGGACAGAUGACAUGGAUUGUAUUUGAACUGUUUCUUGUGAUGGGAUUAACCUGGGGAUCAGAGAUAUUAACAAUCUCAAUAGAUUGGGCUCAUUCUACUUCACAUUACUUAGGUCCGCUUCCGGCCUGCGACAUCAGGUUCCAAAGAUGUUAUUAG